AUGUCUCAACCAUACCACACCCUAACUAAAUCCCUCACGUUUCCCAAUCUAGACCAGUACCAAUGGUGGCAGCAAGCCGGCCCAACUUUGUCCAAACUACUCUCCACAGCUAAUUACCCUAUCGACCAGCAAUAUCAAUACCUCCUCUUGCUGGGCCUACACAUCAUCCCCAUGCUAGGUCCGUACCCUUCCUCCCAGCGACCAGGUCUCUACAAGAGCCCUAUAGGAGGAAUCGGCACGCUCGAACUCAGCCAAAACUUCACCAAGGACAAGAACACAGUCCGGAUGGGGUUCGAGCCGGUGCACUACAUGGCAACAACUGGACAAGACCAGUGUAACCAACUCAUCAUGAACGAGGCAUUAACAACGUUCAAGCGACUGGGCGCUACCAUCGACUUAUCGCUCUACCAUUCCCUGGUCUCUGGGCUCACACUCUCCGAUACGGAGCUGGCUAUUCUCCGAGAGAAAGACGAGCUCAAGAAACACCCGACGAAAUCCCAGCAUGUAUUGGGAAUUGACAUGAAGGGAGGAGACGUGUUGGUUAAGGUUUACAUUUAUCCGCAGCUCAAGGCUCUUGCACAGCAAGUACCCGUGUCGGAGAUGAUAUUCUCCGCCUUGGGCAAGGUCGAUAAUGGUAAGUUGGGCGAGAGCGGAUGUCUUUCCGUCAUGAAGGAGUUCAUUGCAGAUGAGAGUGUGAACCCGGCAAGGACACCCGUAACCUUUUUAGCCUGUGAUCUCCUGGAGCCCAGUCAGGCUCGGUUUAAGGUCUACAUCGCCGAGUUCCAAUUCGACUUAGACACGCUCUCCAGAAACUGGACCCUUGGCGGGAGGUUGAACGAUCCAGAGACCCUGAAGGGACUGGAAUUGCUCCAGGAACUCUGGACGGCAUUCAAUCUUCCACAGGGUCUCAGGGAGCCCCCUAAACCGGGUGACUCGCCCGUUCGGCUGCCGUUCCUGUACAACUUCGAGAUGCAGUCGGGGAGGAAGUUCCCCAAGUCGAAGGUUUACUUUCCCCUGGCUGAUGUGAAUGAUCGCGACAUUGCGAAUGUGUUGACUGCGUUCUUUGAGAAGCAUGGAUGUGCUGAAUUGGCGAAGUCUUAUACGGAGAACCUGUUGCAAUACUUCCCUGGUGUUGAUCUUGCGGAGAGCGUUGCGUUGCACGCGUGGUUGUCCUUUUCGUACUCGGAGAAAACGGGUCCAUAUAUGACGGUUUAUUAUCAGUGGCCGGAUAGCUUCAAUCAGUGUCAUUUGACUGCAGCCAGCUCCUGA